CCCUUUUGGGUACAAAGAAAAGUACAAUCCGUCAAGCAUAUAUUACAAUUCAAUUCUAACGCCAAAGAUCAUCAAAUCGCCGGAGAAACGAGACAUUGAUUAUCUCCACCACGCAGAGCCAAGCCAACCUACACAGAAACAGAAAUGGCAAGAGAAGUAUCGGAGAGCUGUAUGGAUAGCUUGCUUACAGAGAUUGUUUCUUCGUAUUGCAAUGUGCUAUACGUUAGUAAGCCGGAGCUCGCUGCUCGGAGAAUCGAAGCCAUUGGCUACCAAGUCGGCCACCAGCUCUCUGAAAGGUACACAAUGGAGCGACCACGUUUCAGUGAUCACCUGGAGGCAAUCAAGUUCAUUUGUAAAGAUUUCUGGUCUGAGCUUUUCAAGAAACAGAUAGACAAUCUAAAGACGAAUCAUAGAGGUACAUUUGUUUUACAAGAUGAUAAAUUUGCAUGGGUUUCACGCAUGUCUUCAACUGAGAAUUCUGGUUCAACUCAAGAACCUGGAAUUGGAAACAAAGCAGCAGAAGCAAGUAGCAUGCAUCUGUAUUUCCCUUGUGGAAUUAUAAGGGGAGCUCUUUCAAAUUUGGGCAUUUCUUGUGCUGUGUCUGCAGAUAUCUCCAACCUCCCUUCUUGUUCAUUUGUGAUCCGGAUAAAGGUGUAGCAAACAUAUCUGUAACUGUAAGUAACUCUGCAACUGUUGUUUGUAUGUUGACCGUUGACAGUUGAAAUCAAACUGUAAAAUUGAUAUUCAUGUUAUGCACUUAUAAUAUAUAUAUUUUUUUCAAAUAUAUAAUCAUUAUUAACUGUAUAUUAUUUUUUAUUUUUUUAAUUUAAAAGAAGCUUUAAGAGGAAGAAGAGAUUUUUAUAAGGGUAUAUUGUCGUAUUGGUCCUAGGGGGUGCUUCAGAUUGCUUAUUAAAAGUGUUUAUCAACUUAUUGUCUUUUGUAAAAGUGUUUGGAUUAACUUUUAUACUACAAUGACCAAAAAUGACAUGCUUAGGGCAUCUCCAACCCAAACACUAUACUCUACACUAAACUCAUUUUUACACUAAAAUCCUCCAACCCCACACUAAACCUAACACUAUAUAUAUAGUGUUGUUUAAAUAUAAUGUUAUACUAUUCAUAAACACCAUCUUUUACACUAUAAAAUUUGGAUAAAAUAGAAUAUACCUCGAAUAUUUUUUUUAAUGUUGAUUAUAGUGUAAUGGGUUGGAGAGGUUUAAUGUUAACACUAUUUUUUACAUUAUAGUUAUUGAUUUUAGUGUUAAAGAUUGGUGACGGUGUUAGGGUGGAGGGAGUCUAUCCCUUCCACCCCUCCCAAUCCACUUGCUGUACCGCUGUUACAUCAACUUUUCUCUCUCCUUUCCUUUUCACCUAUCACAUCUCAUGACACUUAACAUAUAGAAAUCCAUCACUUUAAUCCCUUUUAACCUCAUAUGAUUUUUAAUGUUAAAAUAAAUACAAACUAAUUAAAAUCAUACAAAACUAGUUUACCAAAUGUUAAAAAGACAAAACUGCACAAAUGGUCCCUGUGGUUAGUUGAAAAUUGCCACUUUGAUCCAAAAAAGUUUGGACUAGCACCAGUGGUCCAAACUUUUCAUUUUAUUGCGAGUUUGGUCCAGUUUCCU